GCGCAGAGAUGGAGCUCGAGACAGUUGCCUAGAAACUUCAAUCUGCCUCGCGUUUAUUCCAGAUCACAGUUUUGAGAUAAAGUUUAAUAAAAAAUCUUCUCCCCCCACACACACACACACACACACACACACACACACACACACACACACACACACACACACACAGGAUGAAAGGCUGCUCCCCCUCAGCAGCGCACAGAGCUACAGGACAGAACCUGGUGUUUAACAUGUAUCUCUCAGAUCCGACAGAAAAUUUAUUGAAGGAAAGUAAAAGUCCGUCUUGGAGCCCCAUCAAUGCAGGAGUACAGAAAGGAAGUGGUCAGAUCCAGCUGUGGCAGUUUCUUCUGGAGCUCCUGUCGGACAGCUCGAAUGUGUCGUGUAUAGCGUGGGAGGGGGCGAGCGGCGAGUUUAAGCUGACCGACCCGGAUGAGGUGGCGCGACGCUGGGGGGCACGCAAGAGCAAACCCAACAUGAACUACGACAAGCUGAGCCGCGCCCUGCGUUACUACUACGACAAGAACAUCAUGAGCAAAGUUCAUGGCAAGCGCUACGCCUACAGAUUCGACUUCCGGGGCCUGGCGCAGGCCUGCCAGCCUUCUUCCUCUUCCACUUCCUCUUCAUCUUCCUCCGAGGCCCUUUACACGCUCCACACCAACUUCACCUCCAUUCCUUUCUCAGGAAUCUCCAAGCUGAACCUGGUGGCUCCUGGUGUCGGUCCUCACGGCUUUCCAUAUUGGACCGGAUCCGGACCGGCGCUGUAUCCGAGUCAUGGCCUGCAGCCGCCUGCGCAUUUCAGUGCAGCGCAUAUCAGCUGCGUGAACAACAUCAACCACCUCAACAACAUCAACAAUCACUAUAACUGAGGGGGCGGAGUCAUCUGCAUGUGGAAUUUUCUAGAAACGGCUAGUCAAGGUGACUGGAUUUGUAGCGAAUCUUAAAAACGUUCAGAAGUAUCUCCACGUUUCUGAUCUCGUCUUACCCAUUUACAAGAACACAAAUCCGCUCACUUUGACUUGCGCUACUGCUGUACUAAUAGAUUUUUACCUGUACCUCUAUAAACAGAGUUAGCAUAAACCCCCAACGUCGGCUAACUAGAAAUCCAACCGCAGCGUCACAGGUUUCGUGAAGCAGUUAUGAGUUGCAGGAUCACUAUUUAGCAGAAUAAUUAGUAUUAAAAUGUAAAUAAUUUACAGGAUGUGUAGUAGCAUAGUAGGCAAUUAUGCCAUUUCGGAAAUAGCAACAAGCUAGAGAGCUAAACAGCGUAAAACAACAAAACAAGUCCUGGCUAGCUCGGCUUGGAAUAUAACAGCCUCAUGCACAUUUGUGUGAACAAUAUUAACCAGAAAAGGUUCUGAAAAAAAAAAGUCUGUCUUUAUUAGCAACUUUUAUUGCUAAGCAUUUUUAGACAGUUGCAUGCUAACGAUAAAGAUGUUGCUAUAGAAACAGUUUCCAGGUUUUUUUUUUGUAGCAUGCUGCACUGAUAUUAGCACGAUAGUCCUAGCUGUGGAAUUAGGAUUAAAUCUGGAACAAAUGAAGAACGGUAAAUGAAUUAUAAAUGAAGAUUUAAAGCUGCUGCGUCUCACCGAACUCUACGUUAAUGACGUUCGGUUUUCUUAUGUUUUGCGUUUGCGCUAAUAUGAAUUAAAGUUCAUGAGUUUUUCAUACACAACAGGUCAGUGGAGAUGCUGACCACACGGUACGAGACAUAAAACGACUCGGGGUCAAAACACGACUUAAAACACUGAAGGAAACAAAUCUGAUGCCAUUGAGCUGAAUUAAGUUACACUUUUACAGCAGCCUGUGCUUCACUUCACAUUUCUUUAUUCAUAAAGAUUUAUAGUCGUCUUUACAGCAUAAACAACGUUCAAGCUGAUCUAAUUAGAAUGAUUUAUUAUUAUAAUUCAUGCAUUAUGUAAAAAUGAAUAAAAAUGGAAUGUUAAUAAUAAACAGCAGUGUAGCGUAUAACGUACAUCAGCUCGGGAAAUCUCUGAAUAAAUAAAAAACGCAGUGUGUCUCCUGA